GGGGGAUUGUCUUUUAGCCGGCUCUCAUUGCAGCACUUAUCUGAGGUUUGGCUGUCCCAACUUUUAUGAGAAAAUGGCCAAGGAUGGAGAAAAAGGCGAGUGGAAGGAGUAUAUAUGGAACCCGAGGACGCGGGAGUUUCUGGGCAGAACGGCGAGCAGCUGGGGCCUGAUCCUCCUCUUUUAUUUAAUUUUCUACAUCUUCCUGGCCGGAUUGUUUGCUCUCACCAUGUAUGUCAUGCUGCAGACUCUCGAUGACCACAAACCCACCUGGCAGGACAGGCUCUCCAUACCAGGCAUGGUGAUUAAACCCAACGCAGACGAAGCCUUUGAGAUUGUCUAUAAUACCCAGGACACCGAGAGCUGGGACAUGUUCGCUCAGGCUCUGGACAAGUUCCUGUCACCGUACAACGACUCCGUCCAGGCCCAGAAGAACUACGAGUGCACCCCCGACCAGUACUUCGAGCAGGAGGACAGUGGCGACGUGAAGAACAACCCCAAGCGCUCAUGCCAGUUCAACCGCACCGUACUCGAGGACUGCUCCGGGAUCCAUGACCGUUACUAUGGAUACCGGGACGGCAAGCCAUGCAUCAUCAUCAAGCUGAAUCGGGUGAUUGGGAUGCUGCCAGGAAAAGAUGGGCAGCCUCCGUUUGUCACCUGCGGUCCAAAGAGGUACAAAGUUGGCAAAGAUCAAUGGAAAGAAGACACUGAUAAAAUUGGGGAGUUGGCCUACUUCCCUCCCAACGGCACGUUCAACCUCAUGUACUACCCAUACUAUGGCAAGAAAGCUCAGGUGAACUACUCUCAACCUUUGGUUGCCGUCAAGUUCCUUAACAUAACUGCCAAUCAGGACGUCAACAUCGAGUGCAAGAUCAACGCCAACAACAUUCCCGCCGGAAACGAAAGAGACAAGUUUGCUGGGCGAGUGUCUUUCAAGCUGAGGAUCAACACUAAAAACUAGGUUGACCUUUUCACCUCCCCCCUCUGAAAACUACAUUCUUCAUUCUCUGCAACAUUGCACAUACACAGAAAGCAAAUCGCAGUAUUCGCACCCUUUGUAGGAUUUGUUUACAACACCUCCGCAUUUCGGGGAGGCAUUGCUUGUCCAGAUGAAGAGUUGAAGCGAUGAGGCGAGAAUUGAGGGGUGGUAAUCCUGUCAUUAUUUCUGUCUGUGAGCAGUCAGACAAAUUAUUUUCUGUAAAUUAGUUUGAGGUGACGUCUAUUUAUACAUGCAUGACAAACUAGGGGAUAUAAAGGAUGUGAACAUGUGUUUCCAGAAGUUUGCAAGGAUCAGCAACAUUACCACUGUACUGCUGCUCCCCUCCUGCUGCCUCCCUAAAGAGUAUCCCUCUAUCUAUGAAUAUACACAAAUUACAUUGCAAAAUGUGUAUAUCUUCAGUAUUUAUACGGUACCAUAACCUUAUAUCAGUACGUCUAUUUUGUUGCACUUAUAAAAGAAAUUAUCCGACAAACGUAUAUCUUGAUGGAUGGA